AGUCAUUUUAUUUUAGGCAUUUGGUGCUUAUAGAUCGAAGUAAACGGAAUAAGAUUGAAAACUAAAGGAACUUCUUUGUUGAUAAUGAGAAAUUGUGUUUCUAUAUUGCUACUGCUUGCCAUUGCGGUAAGUAUUGGCAAUGCACAAGUUGAACGACAAAAUCCACCAGGGAGACAAGGUGCUGCACCAGUCCCAAGACAACAACCAGGAACAGGAACUGCCCCACAAAGACCAGGAUCACCGUUAGCACCAGGAGCUGCAAGACCCGGUGUGCCUCAACGACCAGGCAGUCCUCCAGCUCAAAGUGGACCAAAUAGACAACAAGGUCCAGCACAACCAGGAAAUCCACCAGUUUCAAGAGCAACAAGAGCUCCUGGUUUAGUUCCAAAUGCUCCAUCUCGUCCAAAUCCACAACAAAAUGGCGGUCCAGCUCCAAGAACACCAACAAAUCCAUCUGUAAGAGCUCCUCCACCUCCAUCAGCUGGUCGUCCAACAACAGCUCCAGUUGUUCAAGCUCCACAACCUCCAAGACCUAGCCCACCAAGUGCAAAUCCAAGACCACCAACUGGAAAUCCACCAAAUCCAAAUGCACCAGGCCAAUCUCCCCCUGCUCCAGGUCCAUCACCCCCAGUUCCAGCCCCAACAUCAUCUCCAGUUGUAAACGCACCUACUUUAGCACCAAACAAUCCAGAAAAUGUUACUGGACUUCCUCAAUUCCCAACAGCACCAACUGUUGCUCCAAUUCCCCCAAUUCGUCCAGUUCCACCACCUCAACCAAACAAUCCAUCAAAUCCAGUUGGCAGACCAGAUCGUCGUUGUCCAAUGGUUACAGAUGCACGAACACAAGUUCAAUUGCCACAUGAAAGUGACUGCGAACGAUACUAUAAAUGUGAAAAUGGAUUAGCUUUUGAAUAUCGUUGUCCAGAUGGUCAGCACUGGAAUUUAAUGAGAGAUGUUUGUGAAUCACCAGCUACAGCUGGCUGUCGUACAGGUGGAAAUGUCAGUUGGAACAAUAAUCUUCCAAACUGGAACAAUAACAUGCCAUCAUGGAAUAGUCCACCACGUAAUCCAAAUCCAGGUUAUGAACAUCCAAUCAUCAUUCCAAUGGCACCAAGAACUUGAAAAAUGAGACAAUAACGAUUGAUUUGCGGCACCAUAAACCGUGCCUGAUUUUUUGUAUUUUUUUUUCGAUCUAUAAGUGAACAACAACAGAAUUUAUUUUAGACUAUAUUGUUAAUAUUAUUUUUAUUGGUAUUGGUAUUAUUAUUUUUUAUUACUAUUAUUAUUAAUUACUAUUUUUUAGUACGAACAUUAAACAACAACCUGAACUUUUUUUUAUCGUUAAACAACAAAAGCAACGAGAACUUGUACUUUAAGUGUUGCUCUUUUUGUUAUUAUUACUUUAUUCUUGAUAACAAUCUCCCUCGAUUCCAUUUGUGAUGAAUGAAACUUUUUUUUUUGUGUGAAGGAACAACAAAAAAAUUACUACAAAAAACAAAAAUUAUCAACAACAAAAAAAAAAUAUUGUAUUAAGCACGUGUAUUAUUUGUGAUGAAAAUUUUUUGAAUUGAAACAUCGAACAAAAAACUCAUUGAAAAAUGAAAUAAACUAAAAUAAAGGAGAAAAAUUAAAAAGGAGAAUAAAUAAAAACUGGAGAAUUGAGAAGAAAAAUAUAAAAAUUAAAUUCAA